AUGUCAGAAGGUCAUCGAAGAAGUUCCCAAUACAGCACGACACCCAUCGUAGCUCGUCGUCGUAGCUCAACCGCCCGAUACGGCAAGGAACCCGUGGACCUCUACCCAUCACGACGCGCCUCUCAAAUCGCUCUAAGACAGAAAGAUAUUCAGAGACGAGAGAACUUCAAACGAUUGGCCAACGCGUUAAGUGCAUUAGCUGUCGCUGCUGCUUUCUGGUUCUUUCUGCCACUAUGGUUGCCAAAAAAUCCACGUUUCCAAACGUACUCGUACUCGAGUGAUAGCCCGUCUCUGAAGGAUAGUCCUUUUGAGAUUGAUUAUUUGCGCAGACGGUUGCCUACGAUGGUUAAUCAGGUUGCUAAUAUGAGUAUGAGUGUUUCGAAGAUAGCUCCUGGUGGUAUGUUGCUUAAUAUUAUUGGGGAUCAGGUAUGUUCCAUGUCUUUGGUUCAAAAUUCUUGUUUUGAACUUGUCAAAUUCUAUGAUGUUUCUGGUUAUUUAUACCCCUAAAAAUUACUUAACGAUCUUGAAAAUAUAAACUGACAAUAAACACUGUCUACAGGCCGAUGAAGCAAGAAUGCUAGCCAAGAAGAACCUCUUCAACACGAAUAUAUUUGGAGAAGAAAACAACGAUGAUGCCGGAAGGAUCUUUAGACAACUAACAGGUCAAUACCGGGCAGCAUUCGUCCACGCAAGAGCAGCGAACGACGACUUGGACAAAUUCGGCACCAUCUCAAAAGCCUUAGCGGAGGGAACCCUAAAAGGGUUAACCAACAUCACAAAAGAACUGACUAUAACAUCCAAACUCCUCGAUUCCCCCGAUAUCUACGCCGCAUUACAGAACUUCUCCUCACGCGCAAUCGAAAGCUUGAAAGACAUCCAAUCAGACCGCAACACUCUGACGGAGAAAAUCAAACGCAUCAUCUCCUUCGGAUACCUCGCAGAUCUCGAUAAGGAUCUUGCCAAAAUCGCUUCGUCGAAGGCGGAGUUACAACACUAUGGAAAUGACGCAAAGACAUAUCUAUUGAACAAGAAGAAGACAUAUGAUAAGUACAAGAAAUCCUGCGACAUGGCAGGAAUCUUCUGCCGCAAGAAUCCCGCUCCCAAGCUCGAACCCGCCGAAACGUGGCUUUUAUGCGUGCUCUCUGGGGCAGAAUGCGAGGUUAUGGAUGGGAUUUCUUCCGACCUCACUAAACAGCGGAAAUGCUUAGAUGGGCUCCUCAAUAAAGCGGCGGAGCAACUGACGGAUAUGAAUGAGAAGUUGAAGAAUGACUUGUUCUAUGUUGAGUCUGGGAAGGAGGCUCAGAAGGGCUGGCCGACUUGGUAUAGUGGGCUUAGUACUGCGCCGCUUGUUACUGGGGCGUUGAAGGAUAUUAAAGAGAUGGCUGGGAGGUUUGAGAGGGAUCUGAGGACUGCGCAAGGGAAAGUUAAGGAGGGUGAGAAGGUGAGGAAUGUUGUGGAGGUUAGGUGUUGGAGGAAUCGGGGGGUUUGUUUGUAUGAGAAUUUUGUUAGGGGGAAGGAUUUGUUGGGGCUGUGA